AUGGAUAUACUAAAUCAACUAAAAGAAUAUGGAGAGUCAUUAGGGUUGAAAGACGAGGAGUUAACAACUUUCAUUAGAGAACAACAAGCUAUUCAGAGAGACGAGGGAAAUGCGGAGAGAGAAUUAGAAAAGAAAAGACUAGAUUGUGAGGCAGAGAAAGAGAAAGUUUCAUUGGAGUUAGAGAAGGAGAGAUAUUGGUAUGAGAUUGAGCAGAUGAAAGUUGAGAAAGUGUAUGAAUCACAGGUAGUAAAUACAAGCAAAGAUGUGCAAUCUGAUCACAGUCAAGGUCGAGUUACGCCUAAAGCUCCAAAGCUUCCUGUAUUUAAUGAAGAACAUGAUGAGAUGGACAGUUUCCUUCUCCGAUUCGAAAGGUAUGCAGAAGCACAAAAAUGGGGUGAAGAGAAUUGGGCUGUUAACUUAAGUGCUCUUUUACGGGGUAAAGCUCUAGAUGUUUACUCGUUAAUGCCCAAAAGUGAGGCCUUAGACUAUAAGAAUUUGAAGAAAGCUCUACUGAGACGGUUUGAACUGACGGAUGACGGGUUUAAGAAAAAGUUUAGAUCUUGUCGACCUGAUCAAUUGGAAACUUUUGCACAAUUUUCAGUUCGCCUAAGUAGCUAUUUUGAUAGAUGGAUAGAAAUGGCAAAAGCACCAAAAACAUUUCAGGGUUUGUACGAUCUCAUGUUGCGUGACCAAUUUUUACAUAUUUGUAGUCAAGAAUUACGUUUAUUUCUGAAAGAGCGCAUUCCAGAUAGUCUUAAGAAAAUGGCAGAUCUUGCAGACCAAUACAAAGAUGCUAGAAACCUGAGCUCAGUCCAGGCAGUAGAUAAAGGUAAGGGUUUAUUGCAGAAGAAACAAGAAUCAAUCAAGAAAACAUACAGUACUAAGAACAGAGACAAUGUGCAUAUGAAGACAACAAAUACAGGUAAGUUUGUACCCAAGUCAGAUAGAAGAUGCUUUAAGUGUCACAGAGUAGGGCAUAUUGCUUCAGAAUGUAAAGCCAAACCGGUUGUUGGUAGUGUAUCUGAAGUAAGAACCAAAGGAGAAUCACCUACUGCACAAAUAAAUGAAAAACCAGUCUGUUUUGUGAGUACUUUACCUUCAGAUUCUAUCAUAGAUUCGAUGGUGAACAUGUCGCCCACUACUCUUACUUCAGCUUGUCAGAAGUCUGUAAAUUUUUCCAUGCUUAUCUCUGCGGGUUACAUCAACGGAAAUCCUGUGACUGUUUUGAGGGAUACUGGAUGCAGUGGAAUUGUUGUACGGAAAUCCAAGGUAAGUGAGAAAGACCUUGUAGACGGUAAGCAACAGGUGUGUGUCUUAGCUGACGGCUCAAAAAUUACAGUUCCUGUAGCAGAAGUGUUCAUCGAUACUCCCUAUUUGUGUGGUUAUCACAAGGUAUGGUGUAUGGAAAAUCCAGUGUAUGAUUUGAUAAUAGGAAAUGUUCCAGAUGCAACACUUCCAGACAAAGCAGACGAGAAUUGGCAGGUCAACGCAGUAGAAACGAGACAACAGAAAAGGAACAGAGAGAAGCCUUAUCCACCUCUGAAGGUACCCAACAUAAUCACAGACGUAAUAGAACCACACUGUAUCAAGACUGCACAAGAGGAGGAUCCAACCCUUACUAAGAUUCGGGAUUAUGCAGAACAUAAUACUGUUCACCAGAAGAAAAACGGUAAGGUAAAAUGGUAUAAAAAGAAUGGUUUGCUUUAUCGAGAGUUUGUAGCGAACGACGACAGCGUCAAUAAGGUAUUUUCUCAGCUUGUAGUUCCAGAGAAAUUUCGCGCAUUAGUCAUGAAGUUAGCACAUGAUUCUUUAUUAGCAGGACAUCUAGGUAUCCAGCGGACAAUAACCAGGGUUAACUCAGAGUUUUUCUGGCCAGGACUCCAGAGUGACAUCCGACGGUUUUGCCAGUCCUGUGAUAUAUGUCAGCGUACUCUUCAAAAAGGUAGGGUGAGCAAAGUGCCUUUAGAACGUAUGCCAUUAAUUGAUGUACCAUUCCAACGAGUUGCAGUUGAUAUAGUGGGUCCGUUAACUCCAGUCACGGAAAAGGGUAACAGGUACAUACUUACUCUAGUAGAUUAUUCAAGCCGUUAUCCAGAAGCCGUAGCUUUGCCAAGUAUAGAGACAGAAAGAGUUGCAGAAGCGUUAAUGGAAAUUUUCUCUAGGGUAGGUAUACCAAGAGAAAUGUUAACGGACAUGGGUACUCAAUUCACGUCGUCUCUUAUGAAGGAGGUAAGUCGUCUCAUUUCUAUGAAGCAGUGGACAACCACACCUUAUCAUCCCUCCUGUAAUGGGUUAGUCGAACGCUUUAAUGGGACUUUGAAACAAAUCUUAAAACGACUUUGUGCAGAGAAGCCUAAGGACUGGGAUAAGUAUAUAAAUGCAGUUCUCUUUGCUUAUAGAGAGUUACCGCAGGAAAGCUUGGGGUUCUCACCUUUUGAAUUAGUCUAUGGAAGGCAAGUACGAGGUCCCAUGUCUAUUUUGAAAGAACUUUGUACCAAGGAAAUAGAAGAUCCAAACGUGAAAACAACUUAUCAGUAUGUUUUAGAUCUGAAAGAGAGAUUGCAGUCCAUGGCCCAGCUUGCCAGAGAAAACCUUGAAAAAUCCGCCACCAGGUACAAGAAGUACUACGAAAAGAAAGCUAGAAAUAGAUCUCUAAAGGUAGGUGACAAAGCUCUUAUUUCAAUGCCUACAGACAACAAUAAGUUGCUUCUCCAAUGGAAAGGGCCUUUUGAGGUUUUAAAGAAGGUAAACCGUGUUGACUAUCAGUUGAAAAUGAAUGGAAAAGUAAAGACUUUUCACAUUAAUCUACUCAAGAAAUAUGUUGAAAGAGCACAAUGUAACAAUGUUCUUUUUGUGACUGAUGAAAGUGUAUUUGGUUCAGUAAAUGCUACAUUUGUGGACUGUGUGGAAGACACAACACAGGAAGGACAGUUAGAUGACUAUCCGGCACUAGAUUCUGACCAAGGCACAGACGUGGAUAUCAAUGGUUUGCUAUCGACCGAGGAAAGGGAAAAGUUGAUGAGUACUAUAGCCAAGUAUGGUGACGUUCUACAAGACCAACCAGGAAGUACGAAUAUUUUAGAACAUGACAUCCGCAUGGUAAGUGAUAAGCCAAUACAUGUCAAAACACGUUCAGUCCCCUUUUCUUUGGAAGAAACAGUCAACAAAGAGAGACAUUUGAACAUCAUCUCAAAGUACUUGACGAACUUUUUCAGCGUCUACGUAGUGCAGGUCUAACUGCUAAACCAAGUAAGUGCUCAUUGGCCUAUUCCAGUUUGAAUUGUCUAGGUCAUGUGAUUGGCAAUGAACAAUUGAGACCAAUGUUGGACAAGGUCAAGGCUAUACAAGAUGCACCAAGACCAGAAA